AUGGAGAAGGGAAACUGCAGCACUGCAUCAGAUUUCAUCCUCCAGGGAUUUUCAGACCUCCCUGAGCUGAGCGUCUUCCUCUCCCUGGUGUUACUUCUCAUCUAUGGAGUCACAGUGAUGGGCAACCUGGACAUGAGCACAGUGAUCCAGGUCAGCUCUCAGCUUCACACCCCCAUGUACUUUUUCCUUAGUCACUUGUCCAUUGUGGAUUUUUGUUACUCCACCAUUAUUGUGCCUAAGAUGCUAGCAAAUAUCUUAGUCAAGGAAAAAGCCAUUUCCUUCUGGGGGUGUAUGGUACAAUUCUACUUAUUUUGCACAUGUGUGGUCACUGAGGUCACCCUUCUGGCUGUGAUGGCCUAUGACCACUUUGUGGCCAUCUGCUACCCUCUGCUGUACAUGGUUAUCAUGUCCCAGAAGCUCUGUUUGGGACUGGUAUCUGUCUGCUAUCUCUAUUCAGCAGUGUGUUCUCUGAUUCAUAUGUGUUUAGCUCUUGAGAUCCCAGCAUAUAUCUCAAAUGUGGUUAACCACUUCUCUGAAUUACCCUCUUUGUUCUCUCUUGCCUGCUCUGAUGUGUCUGUGAAAGAACUGGUGGUGUACAUUGUGACCACUUUCAAUGAGAUCAUCACCAUCAUGAUCAUUCUCACCUCCUCUUUGUUUAUCCUCAUCACCAUCCUGAGGAUGCACUCUGCAGAGGGAAGGCACAAAGCCUUUUCCAUCUUUGCCUCCCAUUUCAUGGCUAUCAAUGUCUUUCAUGGAACAAUCCUUUUCUUUUAUUGCAGACCCAGUUCUGACUAUAGUCUGGAAAGUGAUAAAGUGGCCACAGUGUUCUAUACUGUAGUCAUUCCCAUGCUGAAUCCCCUGAUCUACAGCCUGAGGAACAAGGAUGUGAAGGCAGCUCUCAGGAAAAUGGCAGGCUUCAAAAUAUCUUCUUGA